GACCAGCCAUGGUCUCGGCUCUUUCAAUCUUCUUUCCUAAUGGAGCUUGCAGGUAGCUGGAGUUUGGAUUAUUCAAUGAGUAAAGACUAUUAGUCCAAGCUGAGAAUUUUUCUUUUGCAAUGUAUUUGGAAAACACUGAGCAGGGGAAAGUCAGUGGAGAAGGGGAGAUUUCCACUGAAGCCAUUCUUUCUGGACAAUGUGCAGUCUCUAAAGUAACGGGAGCUGCUGGUUUAGGCAGCUCUUCAAAGGGAAGUGCUGAACUGGACAUAAGGGCCCUUGUGGAACACACAGAGCAGAGUGUAAGCGCAAGAAUGGACCCACCUCUUCUUUAUAUGCAGAGCUGCAGCGUGAACACAGAGCUGACUGAGCCAUGCACGGAUUGUAAAGGACUUGUUGAGAGCUUUGAGGAAUAUUCUUCAGCAGAUGGACUUUUUGAAUCUGAACAGACCCUCGAAGAGACUGAGUGCACAGGGUUAAGCCAACUAUAUGAUGAAUGUACUCAACCCUGUGAGUGUUUUAAAGCUUGCAAGUCCCCAGAGCAUUGUGCUAAUCAUAGCUUAGCCUCUAAAAGUACCCUUUGGUGUGAACACUUUCCAGAACACCUCCUAUUAUUUCAGCCAUGUAAGCCCUCUGAUCAACAGUCGGAGUGUACAGAUUAUGAGCCUGAUGACUUGGAAUUGACUUCUGAAAGUUUUGAAGACUUGGAAAUGCCUGUUUUUGUGUCUGAACACACAGAAAACCUUGAACUGCCUGUGGAUCAUCUGUGUGAGAACUCUGACACUGAGCAGGACCUGCCAACAGAGGAUUCAGAGCAAAGUUUAACACAAAACAUUUCCAACUCAAUGGAGUGUUUAACCUGCCUUACCGACGUCUCUGAAAAUGAUGAAAGUCAGGCUGAAGCUGAAUACACAGACAAUGAGGGUAAUGAAGAGGAUGACAGCUAUGAACUUAACGAGAUGGAAGUCAGCGAUGAAGAAUAUGCCUUAUCAUCAAAGGACACGCCUGAUGACACCUGUGAAAGCGAUGUUGGUGAAGAAGAAAACUGCGAACAUAUUUUUACUGCUGAUGUUUCCACAGACGUUGGUGAGUUCUAUGAAGAUGACUCUGAGGAUGACCCACAUCAGCAUUGUGAGUAUGAGGACAAUGUAGAGUCCUACUUGGAGGAAGACCUGUCUUCAGAUGACUCUAAUUUCUUUAAGUCUUGUCUUGAAGAUGGUCUACCUUCUGAUCCCUCUUCCGAUUCAUCAGAGGAAUCUGAUAAAGCUGCUCAGGAUGAUUCAUGUGAUGAACAAAUGCAGUGGGAAUCUUUUGAAGAGAAUGAUGCAGAAAAAGAUUCAAGUAUUAUCAAGACUAGCGAGGAGGAAAAGAAGAAAAGCUUCACCCUUGAUGCUGUCAUUGAGGAUUACUUUGAUUUAUUUGACAGAGCAUACCCCUCUGGACAGGGAUUUACACAAAAGCAGCAUUACAUCUCCUGCUUCGACGGGGGCGAUAUUCACUACCACCUCCAUCUUGAACAGGAGGCUCAGAAACAAAGGGUCAAAAUAGCCCCAAAACUGGAUGAGAAAAAUUAUGUGAUCAAAGAGCAACAGAAGGAUUUGUUCACUGAAGAGGCAACUGAAUUAACAACCACAGAAAAUAAUGAGCAAUCUAAUGAUUCAGAGGAGAAAGAUUUGGACCAGAGAGAGUCAAACUCUUGUGUUUCGGAGAGCCAGGCUGAAGACUGGACCAUAAAAUCUGAAUCAAGUUCAACAAAGGAUGAAGAUAAUGACUCUGAGACCUUUGGUCUUUAUCCAGAGUAUUAUCAGGAGUCUGAAGAUGAUGAGUUAUGUUGUGAUGAUGAAGCUUGGGGAUUUGAUGGACAAGUUUCCGAUGAGUAUGAUGAAGAACCCGAUUUCUGCUUUGAUACAUGCAAAGAGGAGAGUAAGUUUGCACCCUGUGCCAAAGAAAUCUCUGUUGAGGGCGAUGUGUAUGAAGAUUCCAUCUCUGCCAGUGAGAACAAAGACUUGGUUAGUGAAGCUGCAUUUAAAGGAGAUUUGGACAUAAAUUCUGACCUCCAAGACUAUGAAAAUGACAAAUGGGACCUGGAAAUGGAUGUUUUUUGUUCAUGUUCAGAGAUGGAGCCGUAUUGGGCACUUAUAGAUACAGAGCAAACUGGAGAAUUUAGUUCCCCAGGGGUUGAGGAUUACUAUGCUUAUCAGAUUAGAAGCAUUCAGUCUUCAGGUACACAACCCUUAAAUGAGUUUAUACCGAACAUCAGCUCUACUGAUAAAAACAGUAAAGGUAAAGCUGAUGAUGACGCUUUCAGGAAUGAAAGGAAAGAUGCUAUUUCAUCUGAUAGAGACCUGGAAGAUGGCGAAGUGUGGCCAGAGCGGGAGUCAUCAGUUGAAUUAGGAGUUAAUGUUGUCAAAAUAAUUCCCAACAAACAAAGUUCAGAAGCUGACAAUGAACUGCAAGAAUUAACAUCCCCUCUGGGUAUUAUUCACAGUGUUGUCUCAAAGCUUGAGGCCACACAAAGCAGGGAUUCAGAGGAGGAGGAAGAGGAGGAAGAGAGUGAUGAUGAAUCCAUCGAGCAAUGCGAAUGUGAAUACUGCAUCCCACCAAGGCAGCAGGUUCCGGCAAAACCACUGCUCUCACAAUCAGCAUCCGAUGAUCCAGCAAAGAUCUGCGUCGUCAUUGAUUUGGAUGAGACACUAGUGCAUAGUUCAUUUAAGCCUUUAAGCAAUGCAGAUUUUAUCAUUCCAGUGGAAAUUGAAGGGGUUGUUCAUCAGGUGCACGUACUGAAGAGACCCCAUGUUGAUGAGUUCCUCAGCAGAAUGGGGGAGAUGUUCGAAUGUGUUUUGUUCACAGCAAGCUUAUCCAAGUAUGCAGAUCCUGUGUCUGACCUGUUGGAUAAAGGUGGAGCUUUCCAAAGUCGGCUCUUUCGAGAGGCGUGUGUCUACCACAAAGGGAACUAUGUUAAAGAUCUUAGUCGUUUGGGGAGAGACCUUAAAAGGGUCAUCAUUAUAGACAACUCCCCAGCCUCCUACAUCUUCCAUCCAGACAACGCGGUUCCCGUCGUCUCCUGGUUUGACGACAUGUCGGACACUGAGCUUCUGGAUCUUAUCCCGUUCUUUGAGAGCCUCAGCAAAGUUGAUGACAUCUAUGAUGUCCUGAAGAAGCAGAGGACUUCAAGUUAACAGAGGCAGGAUAUUUGGAUGCAAAGAUCACCAGCGAAUGACAAUAUGGGGCCAUGGAGGCUGGUGAGCCGCAGGCUCCAUCGUGCUUCCUUUAACAAGGACCAUGCUUAAAAAACAUUUAAAAAAAGAUAUGUUUUAUCUAAACUCAUAAUCCUACAGCAUGUUGGAUAAAUCCAUCCAUUACAUUGGAAUGCUUGAGACUUACCAUGAGAUAACAUGGCCUCUGUAGAUAACUUGAGAGCACUAUGUGUGUGUGUUGUUAUUAUGUGACAGCUGUGACCUUUGUAAGUGUGCGGCAAAACUAGAUUGUGUGAACAGUUGCGCAGCCCACUACAAAUAGUACUUGACAAAUGAACUACCAUUAGUCAUUUUAAUGUCAGUAUAAUGUAGCAUUUGUACAAUGGUUUCAUUAAAAGUAUGACACAGAAAAUAACACAUCAAAGAAAGGUUUUUUUUGUAUUCCCUUUAAUAUAAUUGAUACCAAUAUCUGAAUACAUCUGCAGCUGAUGAAGUUUACUUCUGUAUUUAAAGGCAAAAACUUUUUUUAAUGCAUGAUCUGAUGUGUACAAAAAAGUUAUAAACCCAGCUGUUUAUUUAUUUACUGUUUGCUUUUGAACAUACCUUUUUACUGUUUAUGUGCUAGAGAAAAUAAAAGAAGUAA